GACAGUUUGUGAAGCAUCAUGUACCGCCAAGGAAUCGUAAAAGCCUUCUCCAGCGUUCCGUUGCCCCAGGGAUACAGCAUCUACCACAAGGCUCGUCCCGACUACCCCUUUCACGCGUUCGACAAGCUCGACGAAGUCCUUCACCUGCAAGACCGACAUCCUUCAGCUGUGUACGACAUAGUCGAGAUCGGCGCUGGUCAAGGCAAGCUAACGAAGGCACUCAAGCGUGUCUUGCCAGGAGGCACGCGUUUUGCUGCAGUCGAGCCCAACAAUGAUCGUCGUACCGAGUUCCGCCAUUUCGUGUCGGACGUCCCGGUGUUCGACGGCACCGCCAGCGCCACCACACUUCCAAACGAAUCGGUGGGCAACAUUGCCAUCGGACACGCGUUCCACUGCAUGGCGAAGGCCAAUGCUCUUGACGAAUUCCAUCGCAUCUUGGUCCCCAAUGGACGUCUCGGCAUCAUGCUCAACACGGGGGACUUCAACUCGUGUCCGUUCAUGCAAGACGUGGAGCGCGUGGUCAAGUCAUUCAAUGCCGCGUACGUGCCAUCCCAGCCCAACCAUGACCAGCUGCAGCAGAUCUUCCACGACCGACCGCACCUGUUCUCGCCGAUGCAGUCCCAGCGCAUCGACACGGUGUUCUCUGCGUCCGUAGAUGGGAUCGUGGACUACCUCAUGUCCACAUGUGUCAUGGCGAACCUGUCCCAUCGCCGCCAAACUGACGUCCGGCUGUCGAUCGCCCGGCUGAUCGAGAUGAACCCCGACGUCACAGAAGACGAGCACGGGGAGCACAAACUCGAGUUGCCGUGCCUCGUCGAGCUCCACUGGGUCCAGAAAGCCCAAGCUCUCCAAGACACCCCCGCACAACACCACCCGGACGACGUGGUGAUGCAGUCAUGUUAACUAUUACUUGUUCAUUCAGUGGAUUCGUGUGCA